AUGGUCGGUUUCUGUGCCACAAGCUCAUCCGCCUUAGCGCAUCCCGAUCAGGAAAGAUUGUUUGCGGGGGUAUUGUCAGCAUGCUCGCCAAGAGCGCCCACAUCCGAGCCCCAUACCCCGGUCCCCACCAGCCACUGCCGGGUGAGCCUUAUCUCACCACUGCUAUCCUUGAGUCAAUGCGACUCUUCCGCUCGGCAGGCGAUGGUACACACCACUGGACCCGAAGAAAACGAGGAAGAGGGUGAUGAUGAUGAAGGAGAGGAGGAGCCUCACCAUGCUUCUCCCACCGGUGGUGGCAGCUUAUCCCGUUUUGCUACACCCCCGCCUUAUCAUCAACAAUAUAUGGACGAAUUCCAAUCAAUCCAUACCCGCCUCGACACCUAUCAGCAGGAUAUUACCAGCCUGACCCAUAAUUUUUCCACCUUCACCACCCAGUACGCUCGGGAUCAAGAGCGUCAACGCAAACAUGAGGCGGACUUCUGGGCUUGGACCCAAAACCCCAGCUACUAUCCUCCUCCUCCACCUCCGUUUUAG